AUUGAUCUUGACCUUUUAUCUUUGAGAAAAAUGGAGACCGCCAUUCGGUGGGCUCCCGCCUCUACACCUGAUGAUCAGCGCUUCCUCUACGUCGACAUCAAGGGACAGGAGUUCAAACACUGCAAAGUCACUUCACGACCUGAUAAGUUUACAUUGACCUAUGAUGUCCUCUCUGCCUUCUCCCAUGGCUCAGAGUUCCGCUCCUUUGACUGGUGUCCCACCGAGGAAAACUUGGUUGCGGUUGGGCACGCGUCGGGAGACGUGGUUGUUGCUCAUCUAGACACCGGCGCUCUCAUCCCGCUCGCACUUCCUUCCAAGGUCCAACGAGCCUGUCAUGGGCUUGCUUGGAAUUCCAGUGGCCUACUGGCCGCCGGACUAGACAAGUUUAGGGGCGACUAUUGCCUCAACAUCUGGGAUCCCCACCAGCGACCAGUGCGGAUGGCGUCGCGCGGUGGCUCGGAGCGUCAGGUCCCAGAUCCGUUGAGAAGAUAUGCAAACGGGGAGCCGGUGGCCAGCGUGAGGUUUUUUAAUGACCAGCCAAGUCUUUUGAUUGCUGGUAUGAAGGGGCAUUCCGUGCGGCUGUAUGAUCUCCGGGAGAGCCACGGAAACCCAUCAUUGCAGUUCUCAACCCGUUGUGUCCAUGAGCUGACCGUUAAUCGGCUCGAUGAGAACUACUUCGCCUCGUGUGCGCCAUUUGACAAUGCCUCUAUCUGCAUUUGGGAUCGGCGUUCAGGCUCGCGAUAUUCAACCGCAGCUGGCACCUCUUCGGGCACUAUCGACGCUGGCCAUGUGUUGGAGAUCAGGCCAGGUAUUGCUUCUGGGUCUACGAUCCGGAGUUUGCGAUUUUCCCAAACUCAGCGAGGCCGCUUGGGAAUGUUGACGGACAGGGGAAUAUUCAGAGCUUACCACAUCGCAAAGGACCACUCUCCGGACGAACUCCGAGCAGCCCUAGAAAAGACAGUUGGCCGUGGAUCCAGUAAGCACUACCCUGAACAGUUAUACACAAAGACUGUGCGCGACUUUCAAACUAGCUUUCCACCGAAAACUCGAAGCGAGGAUUCUUCACAGCGCGUUAGCGCUUUCGAUUUCAUGACCACAGAUUCGUUCGAUGGGCUGGAAGCUAUUACUAUUUUGAACGACAGGAACGUCGCAGUUUACAGCCUCCCCCUGGUUUGUGGUCGGGUCAGCUUGUCACCACAAGGAGCCCUAGUGCGAGGAGGGUUUGCACAUGGACAGGACUUUAGGGUCUUCGCUCCAGCCCAAGGAUCGAAGGCAGCGCAGACCACCCAAGAAAUCCAAGAUCGCGCAUCUAGAAAAAUGGAGAGUAGUAUGGAAGGAAAGGAAGCCAAUGGCAAGGCAGGAGAAGACGAUGGGAAGGACUCAGGCGGUACUGGAAUAAUAUCGAGCAGACAGCGUCGAGAGAAGUUACUGCUUCCUGAAAAGUUGGCCAACGUCCAAGAUGCCUUGACCUUGAUGACAAUCCCACGAUUACGUCUUCGAGAAGGAUAUACACUUAAUCCUGAGAGAAAUCAGAAUAUAGUGUCUGAUGACACAGCCUUACAGGACCUUUGGGCCUGGAUUGAGCGCGCCCAUACACGAGCAUCUGAUGGGUCGAUGAUUAUUCACGGGGUGGACAUGAACUACUUGGGUGUUCAAAGUAUCUGGAGUGGAAAUCUUGGUCUCAGUCUCGAGAAUCGACUUGCUAGCUCCGAUUUAGACGACGACGUUGACGUACCUAAGCUUAUUGAGCAAUUGGCCAAGAAGUUAGAUUUGCAAGAAACCAAAAUGUGCGAUACAGAUUUUAUGCCACAGCGCCAGCUCUGCUUGUAUAUCUGCGGCGCCAUAGCGUCAGUAGAUGAUCUUGAGGGUGUUGUUACUCAGCUUGUCGAGGAACGCCAACAUACGCAAGCUGCUGCAUUUGCAUUAUUCCACGACGAAACGGAGUUGGCUUACAAGGCCCUACGUAACAACCGACCAACUCAGGCCCACAAACUUUUAGCUAUGGCAAUCGCUGGGGCGCCGAGGGGUGACCCUAAUUUCGAUUGGGAAGAAGCUUGUGCUGAGAUCGCAAAAGAGCUCACUGACCCCUUUGCCAAAGCUAUACUUGCGCUGGUGAGCAAAGGCAGCUGGGAGUCCGUGCUCCGGGAAACGACGCUUCCCCUCAGAUAUCGAGUAGAAGUGGCCGUUCGUUGGCUUCCGGAUGACCAACUUACAACUUACAUCAGGGACACAUCCAUGGAGGCCGUGCAGCAAGGUGAUAUUGAGGGCGCGGUGCUUACGGGCCUUGAUCACGCUGCGAUGGAUCUGUUCCAAUCGUAUAUCAACAAAUUCAAUGAUAUACAAACAGCUGUCCUAGUUAUGAAUUACGCCGUUCCACGGCUAGUUUCCGACGCUUUCAAUGCGAAUCGAUUCCAUGCCUGGCGCGAAACGUAUCGGCAACAAAUGAAUUCGUGGAAGAUGCAUCUCCAUCGAGCCAAAUUUGACGUCGAUUCACGCAAUUUGGCAGUAUCAUGGGACGGUCGCAAGCUCACGAGGUCACAACCUCAGCAGGUCAGCUUGGUCUGUAAUUACUGUACUCGGCCCCUUUCGCAGCAAGAAGAAAGGCCAGAUCACCAGCUAGCAGGUGCGGAGAGUACCCAUCAUACGCCGAACAAUCCUCUCGGGUCAGCACAGAUGGGCGGAACAGUCUGUCCAAAAUGCGGUCGUCAUAUGCCGCGAUGCGGAGUCUGCUCUCUGUGGCUCGGUUCCCCGCAUCCACUGUCCAGAGCGGCAAUCGCAGAUGACUCAAAGAAAGGAGAAGAGGCGCACCGCCCGGAAGAGAUGCUAAAAAGAUUUGUGGUGUUUUGUAUCAAAUGCAAUCAUGGAUACCAUGCAGAUCAUGCGAAGGUGUGGUUUUCCAGGCACAAGUCAUGCCCGGUUUCUGAAUGUGGAUGUAUUUGCGAGGGAUAGAUGAUUGUGGUUACCCGGCUAGUAGUCUUUCGAGAAUGGCGUCUGAUUCUGUAGGAAUGAUACCCUUGUGUCUGUAUGAGACACACAAGGUGAUGGGUGUUGGCAAUGUAACGUCUUUCACCACAUCAGCUCUCGGUCGCUUUGUUUGCAGCGGGGGCGAUUGAUUGCAUGUAUGUCACACUGUUCUACAUGGAUAAGAAACUGCUUCCUCUGAG